CCCGCCGAAUUGUAAAUAUUAUGAUUAGAUGUUGUUGUUUCUAUCUAGUAGUGCCAGUAGCCAGCCCGAGGACAGACAACCAACUGCCCUUCCCCUUGCCCCCUUGCCCCCCAAGUGAAAAAAAGCAUCGGGCACAUACAUGCUGCCUUUCGCUCCAAUUGCCCCCCCUUCUCUUCUCUUCUCUUCUCCUCUACCCCGUGGUGGAACAAGGAAGGAAAACCCAGAACAAGUUAAUUACAAGAGAGGACGAAUGUACCACCAAAAUUCCAGAUCGGGAGCCGAGCAGCAGCCUGCUCCGAAGAUAGAAGAAUGUUACACGGACGAACGGACGGGAGGGCCCGUGAGGCGUAGGGGGGUAAAACAAGCCUCCGGGGGCCCCUUC